AUGGACGCCUUGCGGGUCACUGUGGGUGAACCUUUGUUAUCCCAGAUCGGCUUGGUGACGGGUAGAACCGUUUUAGCGGCUCGCUUGUCGACCGAAGAAAGGGCGGCAACGGCAGUGCGCGAGGCAGUACCAGAGACGAAGAUGGCAAGCAUCACCGAUGAGUACACUGCGGGAGUGCGCAGCGGCAAGCUAGCGCAGGAUCCCCUGGCUCUUGCGCGCUUCAUUGCUGCCCGCGUGGUCGCCUUUAGUCGACACUUUCUCCUCAUCGAUAAACCGUCCAAUUUAUCCGUGUGGGGCCAUGCUCUUUCUGCCUCAUCCCACUUCACGGGUGCCACAGAGUCGCGAACUGCUCCACUGAGUCUUCGUGAGUGUUUACCACACCUUCGAUCUGUAUUAGCGGAGGAGGGGACGGAGGCGUUCGCUGCACUUUCGGUGCCCGGCGCCGACAGCGACAAACCACUCUCGGCGCUGGUAGUGGGGAAGGCGCUGCGCAGCUUCUCUGAGGCGUGGACACCACCGUCGGAGCUCUUCAUUGUCGAACCGCUGCCCGCCGCUUACUCCGGUCUCAUUCUCCUUGCUACUUCAACCGCUUACGCUGAUUUCGCUCGUGCCUUUUACUCCAACGCUGCCCGAAACUGUUUUCCGGGUUCCAUGUAUCAAACCUUCUACGUGGUCUCCUGGGGUCGACCAUCGCGAGAGCGGGUGGAAAAUGAACGAUUCCCUCUGGCUGUUCACAAGGCCUCUGAUUCAAUUUCAGUCGCCUAUCGACCCACCGACGACAAGAUAACCGGGGUUGCGCACAAAAGGGGCAAAUUGGUGUACAAACACGUGGGUCAUCGUCUCCUCUGCCGUGGCUCAGGUAAACACUUCGGAUGUCUGAUUGAGCUCAUAUGCAAUAGCUGUUAUGCCGGCCUGCCUGAGGUCUAUCUCCUCCAUGAGGGCUGUGAAGUGGUGGGCGAGGAUCUCCAGGCUUCGCGAUUGGUAAUUACCUCGGGCGUGCCGAUGGUUCUGUCACCCACGAUGGCUCGGCUUGGAGCUCCACUUCCUAAGGAACUUGUGAGCGCUUUGGGUGGAGGAAACCUCCAACGUGCUACCCUACCGACCCACAUUCAUCGCAGCGAGCUCCUUAUUCCUCCUCCUCUCCCAUGUGGUCCAAAGGCGGACGUUUUUAUACGACGAGCUAAAGCACCUAUGGGGCGUAUUAUCAGCACGCGAAAGGACAGGCCGGUUUUGUCGUGGAAAUCUUUUCCUGUAAAUGCAAAAAAGAAGGUCUUUUUCCUAUCGGCUGUAUCGCCCUCCCUGCCUUCCUAUUUCACUCAGACUUUGGAGAAACUUGGCCUUGAUUCGACGUAUCCGUUGACAGCGGUUGAAAAUAUUCUUGAUUGGCGCGCUCUGUGGCCACCUGCACUGGGAAUCGCGUCAAAUUCAGAGCUAAAAGUCGUGGUUCUCAAUGGACCCUCUGCAGAACACGAGACUAGAGGGAAUUCCAAAAGUGGUCGUAUCUUCAACACCACCUCUGUUAAGAGUCUUCACAGGUGCGGCAAUCCACAGCAGUUAUCCUCUUCUGCAAAUUCUAAGCGUGAUAUUUAG